CGAUUGGGACCCAUAUUCCCACCGGCAAAGGCAUCUCAACGAGCCUUGCCUAUUAGAACGUUCCAGCCACCCGACGUACAUACCCACUGCAAUGGCCUUCGGCCAAGUCACCGCUCGUCACUGGCUGGUCCUGUUCCUUGCCUGCGCUGUUACCUUUAGCAACUACUACUGCUACGACAUCCCAUCCGCGCUCAACGUCCCGCUCCGAAAAUGGCUCAAAGCGCCCUACGCCGAAUACCAAUGGCAGCUCAACCUCCUCUACUCGGUCUACUCCUUACCCAACGUGCUUCUCCCCCUCUUUGGCGGCCUUCUCGUCGACGCGCUGUCGCCGAACGUGAUGCUGAUGAUUUUCGUGACGCUGGUGGCGGUCGGGCAGGGGUUGUUUGCGAGUGGGGUGGCGGCGGGGAAUUUCAAUUUGAUGGUGAUUGGACGGGUGGUGUUUGGGGCUGGGGGGGAGUCGUUAGAAGUGGCAGCAUCCCGGAUAGCCACCGACUGGUUCCAGGGCCGCGGACUAGGCUUCGCGAUGAGCGUGCAUCUCUCCAUGGCGCGCAUUGCGACCGCCGCGAACGCGAACUUAUCGCCUUGGCUUGCAAACGAGGCGUCGACCCCGUUUGCAGUCUGGUUCGGCCUUUUGGUGUGUCUGGCAAGCUUCCUGUGCGCUGUGGCGAUGCUGUAUGUGGAUCGGCCGGCGUCGCGCGUCGCUGCGGGCAUUGCAACGUCGAAUCAGAAGCCGAGGAAGAGGACGGAGGGCGGCAGCGCCGAUCGGUUGAACACCGACAGCGCCGUGAAUUCGCCGAGGAUAAGGGGUAAAAGUGUGGACGGGAACCGAAGCGACGACGGAGGCCGACGCUCAUCCUCCUCUUCGCGAUCCUUCAUCUCCACAUCCGCGCGAUCCCCAAGUGUCGGAAGAUCACCCACGGGCGGGAAGUCCACACGUUCACCCAGUGGCAGCAGAUCAAUCUCGGGGUCACCGAUCCGAUCUGUCGCACGCCAGCAUCGGAGCUUUGGGACGAUGGACGACCGUGACUCGAAUUCGAGUGGUUUGGAUGAGAGUGAUGAUGUGGAGGAGGAGUAUGAUGAGGAGGAUGAGACUGUGCAUUUUUCGCAAUUGAGGGGGUUGAGGGCGCCGUUUUGGAUGUUGUGUUUGACUGCUAUAGCUUUUUACGGAUCUGCUAUCCCAUUCUUCCAUAUUUGUACAGACUUCUUCCAGCAAAAAUGGUAUAAAGAUGAUUCGCAGAUGGCAGGAACGGUCAUGUCCAUCACCGACAUAGUUUCCGCAGUUGGCUCGCCAAUAUGCGGGUUAUUCAUCGACCGGUUCGGUCACCGAAGCACAAUGCUCCCUCUGGCGGGAAUCUUGGUGUUGAUAUCCCAUCUCCUAUUCGGCUGGACCACUAUUACACCUAUUGUCGGCAUGGUCAUUCUCGGACUGGCAUACUCGAUCUUUGCGGCCUCGGUCUGGACAUGCGUGCCUUAUGUUGUCGGCAACCACCAGAUCGCAACAGCUUACGGGUUGGUCACCGUUGCGUUGAACAUGUCACUCGCAACGUUCCCACUGGCCGUUGCACAAAUACGGAAUAGUUACCCGGAUAGCUUCAUCCCCGUCCAAAUCUUCUUUGUGGGCUUAAGCUUGGUGUCAAUAGCAACAUCCUCGGUCCUGUUCAUGGUGGACGCACGAAACGGCUGGGUCCUGCUUAAAUCUCACCGCCCACAACCCCACUACGAGCGUGUACGCACCUCCUCCGAUUCACCACGAGACGACCAGCCCGGGACGGUGUACACGCCCCUCCGCCACUUCUCGGACCCAGCGCCCAGCUACAGUCGCGACGAGUUUGACGAAUCGGACUUCACGACGAGGGUUGUCGGCGACGGUGUCAUCGUGCCGACCCCGCAUACGCAUAUCCAUCACCGACAUUACCACCGCCACACGGAAGGCGAGGCAUGUACCUGCGCAGAAGACAACGGACGGCCACGGUCAGCGGACUGUAUAACAGGGCGGAGCGCACCGGACGGGUCAGGCUGGCGGGGCUGGCUAAGGGGCGGCGGCGGCGGGGGUUCCGACACCCGUGAGCAGCGCUGGCAACGACGCCCACCAUCCACUUCCUCCCGGCGCAACAAAUCCUCCAGCGCGGCACUGCGGACGCAUCAUUCGUCCGAUCAGGACGGGCUGCAGAUCUUCAUUGAUGAUUUGCAGCAUAUCCCGCCGUCGCCGACGAGUGCGAUAGGGGGUACGCCGAGGACGUCCACGGCGGGUGGGUUUAAGGGUGAGGAGUUGAGGGCGAGGAGCCCGACGAAGAUGAGGUCGCCCUCGCCGUGAAGGGAUGGGGAUUUCCUGUAUGUAGAAUGAUUCUGCUUAUCUGGGUGGUUAGUGCGGUAGGAUGGUAAUUUAUUGAGAUCUAAUUCGG